GUUGCUUAGGACACCGGCUGUGUAGAUGAAUACAUGUUUUAAAUACACCUCUAGUCGGGGGCAAACCCGUGUUAAAUCUACUAUAUGAUAUGCACAGUUGCACAGCAAAAAGACACAGCGAAAACGUGAUGCAAAAAGUUUUGAAGGGGGAAGAAGAAGUCAUAAAAAUGUUAGCAAGUGUAUUCAUUGGGCCUAUAAAAUAGCUGAAAACAAAAGGAGUUUGAAGGAAUUUUUAUGCAGUGUUUAGUAUUUGCCAUAUAGACCCGAAAUAUUUCAUCCAGAUGUUGUUUAUGAUGGUACUCCAUACAAACAGUCUGAAAAUAGUCCCUUGAGAAUAUUUGAAAAAAAAGAUUAUUAGAAAAUGAUUGGGUCGGAGGCAACACCUCUUCUACUCUUGAUCUCUCUUGAUGCUGCUAUGGCCAUCUUUUACCAUGGAGAAAAUGCACGAGUUGUCGACCUUACAUUUACUAUGAAUGCAUCCUCCAUUUAUUGGCCAGGGAGUCCAGAUUUUAAUUUUACCAUUCUUAACAGAAACGAGGUUGGAACUCAUUGGUAUGAAACUAAUUAUUUUGCAACUGCAGAACAUGGUGGAACACAUUUAGAUGCACCGGCUCAUUUUUCUAAAGGUAAAUGGAGAACCCACGAGAUUCCAGUUGAAAGACUUGUUGGCCCCGGUGUUAUUAUUGACGUUACAUCAAAAGCGACAACUGACCACGACUAUAGAGUACAGAUUUCUGAUAUAGAGGUUUGGGAAACCAAAUAUGGAAAUAUACCUGAAGGAGCAAUUGUAUUGAUGACUUCUGGUUGGACAAAAAGGUAUCCAGACAAGGGUCAAGUGUUCGGUUCAGAAAAUACCACAAAUCCCGAGACCUUUCAUUUUCCAGCAUUUCAUGAAGAUGCUGUUGAAUGGCUAAUUCAACACAGAAAUAUAAGCAUAGUGGGUGUUGAUACGCCAUCCGUAGAUUAUGGGCAAACAAAGACUUUUCCAGUACACCAAUUGUUAGGAGCCAAUAAUAUUAUUGGGCUUGAAAACGUUGCUUAUUUAGAUAAGGUUCCCGAACAUGGCGCAAUUAUUUUUGCUGGAGUUACUAAAUUAUAUGACGGAAGUGGUGGACCAGCUCGCGUUAUAGCAAUUUAUACUACAGAUAGUUCUACCUACAACACUCUUAUUACCAUAGGUAUCAUUACUGUUGUUCUAUCGCUAUUAAUAUUCAGGUUCUGCAGACUCUAACUGGUUUAUUAAUAAAACAAAAUGUAAAUCUAGAAAUUGUUUUGGCCUUGAAAUUAAUGUAUGAAUUGAUGUUCUCGGUAUAAAAGUGUGAUUAAAUUGAUGCCAUUGGAUGACUCCUUGUAUGGUUGACCAAAAGGACAGACAUUUAUCACAGAAAGAUUUACAGUGGCUGACUUUGGAAAUAAAAAUUAUCUCGAGCGCU